AUGAAUACUUACUCAAAUCUUGACUUUUCAAUAGAUGAUUACAGUUUAGAAGAUGUAAUAAGCAAGUCAUCAAAAGACCUUGAUAAUUAUAUUAAAAAAUUUCAUAAUCAAAUAGUAAAACUUACUGAAAAAACAGAUAGAGUUAAACAUUUUCAGAAUAAUAUUGCUGAAAAUUUGACUGCAAUGGAAAACAGACAAAAAGAACUUGAAAAUAUUCUGAAUGAAUUUGAUACAAAUUCUGAAGAUAAAGAAAAUGAAUUUAGCUCAUUGGAUGAUGAAAGAGAAAAGUAUUAUGAACUUUCAAGGAUUCUUAAUCAGGAAUUAAAUGAGAUGAAUGAAACAAUAGUAAAACUUACUGAAAAAACAGAUAGAGUUAAACAUUUUCAGAAUAAUAUUGCUGAAAAUUUGACUGCAAUGGAAAACAGACAAAAAGAACUUGAAAAUAUUCUGAAUGAAUUUGAUACAAAUUCUGAAGAUAAAGAAAAUGAAUUUAGCUCAUUGGAUGAUGAAAGAGAAAAGUAUUAUGAACUUUCAAGGAUUCUUAAUCAGGAAUUAAAUGAGAUGAAUGAAACAGUAUCUAUGAUAAUCAAAGAUGUUAACAGAAACUUGUCAUCUUCAUUUUCUAACAUGUCUUUAGAACACCAAGAUGGGUCCGAUGAUGAAUCUGAUGAACCAAUGAAUCAAGUUGUCAAAAUACUCAAUUCACAUUUAAGUACAGUGCAAUGGAUAGAUUCAACAGCAAAUCAAUUAUCUGCAAUUGUUCAAGGAACACAAAGCACAAAAAACAAAUAA